ACAAAUCACUGCAUGAUUGAUCCUUCUGUAAAUAUGUGUAUUGUAAAAUCCCAUACAUUUUGCAAAACACUACAUCGGGUAAAAAAAACUAAACAAUAGCUUAGAUAUCACCAUAAAUCCAGUUGAUUAGACAAUAAUUACAAGUUUUCUGAAAUGUUAUGUUUAAUAUAACCAAAUGCUAACUUUUGGUGAAUUUAGGAUAAAUCUAUAGACACAAAUAGAGUAAUUGCAGUACCAUAAAUGUGUAUUUUGGAUGUUUUUUAUUCACGAGUCCCUAAAUCUCAGUCUCAGCAGUAACAACCUCUGGACACUAGGUGGCGGUAUAAGGCUGAUGUUUUAUUGUGUAUGUAUGUGUGUGAAGAAUUAUUCGUUUGUAUCCGCUUUUACAGAAGUAACUAAAGUGCAUCAGUGAGCGUGCUGGUUGCUCACACAUCUAUAUUUAACUGACGAAGAGUAAAAUGCGGCUGCCUGUGACAUCCAUGAUUGUGGCCGUUUUGCUGUGUGUUCUGCCGGCUGGUGUGUCCGCGGACUCCGGGAUUACACUCUACAAGAAGGUGGGUGAUGCUGUAGUCCUAAAACCAGGCACCGCCUCUGUGACUGGCCCCAUCAUCAACAUCCUGUGGAAAGAUGGAGGUAACAUCGCCAUGGAGUGGGAAGGAGCGGAAAUUGAUAGUAAACGUCACUUCAAAGAACGUGGUCACCUGAACACUUCUACUGGAGCGAUGACAAUCACAGGACUGACUCCAGAGGACAGUGGGCUGUACACUCCAGAGAUCAACAACGAGAUCAGGAGUCCAACAAUUCUCAAAGUCAUCUUUCCCGUUCCUAAACCCACCGUUGUUGAAUCCUGUAACGAUGAGAAGACCAGUUGUACUCUGACCUGCGGCGGGGACACCAUGGACCCCGAACUGGUCACCCGCAGGUGGAAGUUAGGUGAUAAGGUGACCUUUUCAUCUAAGGAGCUUCACAUUACAAAGGACGUCAGUUUGAAUAUAAGCGAGUUCAGCUGUGAGUUGGAGAAUCCAGUGAGUCAGGAGAGCAGCCAGCCCCUCCCCAACCCGUUCAACACCAGAGCGGUACCUGUCGGAAAAACAAUGAACAUUUCCACCGGAGUCACAGUCUUCCUCUGUCUGCUGGUGGCGGUGGUGCUGCUGGUUUCCCUUCACAGAUGUAAAACAGGAAUGUGGUUCUUCCAAAAAACAGCCAUGCCGUGGGAAGCAGACUUCUGGAAGAACGACAGACCACAAAUAGCUACUGAAUCUAAUGGCACCAGUGCUCAAGAGAAGGGACUGACUGAUGAGGAAACACCGAUGGCAUAGGGGCCAAACAACGGCACGUCAGAACCUGUCAGGUGUAGCAUCCACAGUGAAGAGGAAAUGUUUCAGUGUUCCUGUGUUUACAGUACACAUAUUAUUUAAAAUCCCUUAUUAGUAGCGUCGGCUCAAGUGCCUCAAAUCUAGAAGUAAUGAUGCAGGAAUAAGUGAGUGAAGUUAUCUUUAGGAUCAUUUCAAAGGUAUAGUUUAGACACAAAACUGACAAAGUGAGUAUAAAGACGUUUUAAAGACUGGAGUUCUGCUGCUUGUUUAAAACAGUUGUCCGACGCAGUUCGGCGGACACAGGAUGGAGGGACUGUGAGCCGAGUCAACAUAAUGUUUGGGAGGUUUUUACCGGGAGCCGAAAUCAUCCGCUGAGGUCUCCUCCUCUCCAAAACAAACAGACCGGCUGAUUUAAAACCGGUACAAACACUAAAUUAAGUAUUUUCAUGUGAAACAUCAGUGUUUCUCCAAUGCAAUUCAGCUGCCGCAAAACGUUUGAGCUCAGCUUGUUUCUCUGAGAACUUCAGAUCCAGACAAAAUCCUUUCAUCCGGUUAAAAUAUAUAGUUAAAAACUACCAAGAUCUAAAGAGUGUGCCGUAAAAAUGUGGUUUAAAGUGGAUACAGAGUAAAUGUAUGACAACCACAAAGGGGAAAACUUAUUUUUCGACAUUUUAACAAGGAAAGGUUACUUUUAGAAGGCUAAGAAGGGAAGUAUUACGGUACAUUUAUUUAGCAUGAAAUAAAGAUAGACCAAUAGACUACACAUGCAGUGCAGAAAUAAAUAAAUAGAAUGUAAUAAACGCUUUGAGACUUUCCACUGAGGCACUGAGCUCAGACAAUAGCAGGAAAGUGCUCCUUCCUGUCUUGCAGCAUACCUGACACCUCAGACUCAUUAAACCAAGCAGGACUGGUGUGGAUCCGUGUCUCGGUGUUAGAGAAGAGCUUGGACUGUGUGGGGCGGAAGUGGACUGAUUAGAGGGAAAAGAGACGCCAUUGUGUGUUUUCAGCCGCCAGCUCUGCCAACAAAGCAAGGCAUUGUCCCGUUCUUUACUGCAACAGCUACUAUGCGAGUUGUGAACUAAAUAUUGUGAGAUUUCAAGCUUGAAAGUCAAUCAGCUAUUUUUAUUUUGGGGUUUUCUUUGUGUAUUAUAACUUCAUAGAUCUCAUUUACUCCAUCGUUGUUUGUUUGUAUUUUAUUGUGUAUUGGGCUUUUAUUUUGAAGGGCAGAGUAUAGAUGUUUGCUUUCUGUGUGUGGACGUGUGCUCUAAAAGGGAUGAUUGUUUUUGCACUUUCUUUCUUAGUUUUUUUCCUUGUAGUUUAAAAUAUGUUGCAAUACAGCGGAACAAAUAGUUUGUUCUUGUAACAUACUAACUGAAGACUUUCAGGUUAAAUGAUUUGUGAAAAUUGUUUAACAUGCAAAGCUUCUUAGGGAUGAAGUUUUUUUAAAUUGUAAAAAGUUCUCUAUACUCCGUUUCCACAAAAAGCUCUGAGUUAUUCAAUCCGUUAGCUUAGUAUUUAAGUGUUUGUGAAUGUAAAGAAUGCAGGUAUAUAAAUUAAGUGCUUUUGUAUGAGCUGUAUUUAAUAAAAGCAACAGAAUUUCA